AUCUGAAAAAAAAAAGAGAAAGCUUUCAGCCUUAAAAUGGCAGCUCGUGUCGAGGCGGCAGCAACACACAUGUCGUCUCUCCCCGCAGCUGCUUCUCUGGAGUUUUCGCAGUCGCGAAUCUUAUUUUCAAGAAAUUAAAAUUUUUGUUGAAGCAGGAUUUUAGGGAGUGGUUUGCUUUGAAUCCACUGCAGAAGAAGAAGGUGAAUACAAGGAUUAUGGGAACUCAUAUCAAUUUCAGCAACUUAGGAGGUGGUAGCACUUCUGGAGGGGAAGGGAGCAACCAGAUGAAGCCAGCGGGUAAUGUCAUGCCCUUGGCGAGGCAGUCCUCGGUCUACUCCCUAACAUUUGAUGAGUUACAGAGCACACUAGGUGGACCAGGAAAAGAUUUUGGGUCGAUGAACAUGGAUGAACUCCUGAAGAGCAUAUGGACUGCUGAGGAAUCUCAGGCGAUAGCUAUGACUUCUUCUUCUUCAACUGCUGCAGCUGUUGCUCAACCAACUGCUGGUAUUCCCGUUGGGAAUCUCCAGAGGCAAGGCUCUUUGACACUGCCUAGAACUAUCAGUCAGAAGACUGUCGAUGAGGUGUGGAAAUGUUUGGUCACCAAGGACAGUAAUGAUAAUAUGGGAAGUAGCAGCGGAGGCGGUGGUGAGUCGAAUGCGCCUCCUGGGAGGCAACAGACUUUAGGGGAAAUGACACUUGAAGAAUUUCUGUUCCGGGCUGGGGUUGUAAGAGAAGAUAAUUCUGCUCAACAGAUGGGUCAGGUCAAUGGAAACAAUAACGACGGGUUUUAUGGUAACAACACUGCUGCUGGCGGCCUAGGUUUUGGAUUUGGUCAGCCAAAUCAAAACAGCAUAUCAUUCAAUGGUAAUAAUGAUUCUAUGAUCUUGAAUCAGCCACCUGGUUUAGGGCUCAAAGUUGGUGGACCAAUUCAGCAGCAGCAACAGCAACAACAUCAGGUGCAACAACAGCAGUUGCUGCAGCAGCAGCAACAACAGCAGUUACAGCAGCUGAAUCAUCCUCAUCCACAACAGCGGCUGCCACAAACCAUUUUUCCUAAACAAGCAAACGUAGCAUUGUCUGCGCCUGUGAGUAUAGUGAACAAGGGUUUUGCUGGGGCUGCAAAUAAUUCCGUCAGCAAUAAUAAUGGAUUAGCUAGUUUCGGAACCGGGGUCACUGUUGCAGCAACUUCUCCAGGGACAAGCAGCGCUGAAAAUAAUUCUUUAUCACCAGUUCCAUAUGUGCUUAAUCGAGGACGCAGAAGCAAUACGGGUCUAGAGAAGGUUAUCGAGAGGAGGCAAAGGCGAAUGAUCAAGAACCGGGAAUCAGCGGCUAGAUCAAGAGCCCGAAAGCAGGCUUAUACAUUGGAGCUGGAAGCUGAAAUUGAAAAGCUCAAGAAAACCAAUCUAGAAUUGCAGAGAAAACAGGCUGAAAUGAUGGAAAUGCAGAAGAAUGAGCAGCUGAAGGAAUCGUCAAAGCAACCGUGGGGCAGCAAAAGGCAAUGUUUGAGAAGGACAUUAACUGGUCCAUGGUGAAGCAGAAUGAAGCAACAAGAAUGGAUCAAACUAGACUGCGUAGCUUGGGAAUUAUGUAAUAGGAGAUAGUGCUACCUGUACAGGAGAUUAAGAAAAAAUAUUGAGUGAAACUCUAGGAUACAGAGUAGGAGAGUUUUCAUUAUGAAUAAAUAACAUUUUGUGCCCUGACCUUUAUUAGGCUAGGUUUAGAUCAUACUCUGUUUUUGUGUGUUUCACAUCGUUGGGAUUUCUAAAUGACAGUUGUUUAUAUGUUCUCUCA